AUGGCGAUCACGCCGUCGAAUCUCAAGUCCGAGACAGACCUCGACCUCGAGGCCGGAGCAGCCCGCCAGCUCUACCCCUCCAUGACUGAGAACCCGCAGCUCCGCUGGGCAUUCAUUCGCAAGGUCUACGCCAUCCUCACCGUCCAGCUUUUCAUCACCGCCGCCGUAGCCGCAGCAAUCGAUUUGGUCCGUCCCGUCGCCCACUUCCUCGCCAAAACCUCCGGCGGCCUCGGCGUCAUCCUCACCGUCUUCGUUCUUUCCCUCGCCGUGCUUUUUGCUUUGUUCGUUUACGGGAAGAAGCAUCCGGUGAAUUACAUACUGAUGGGGCUUUUCACAGUCUUGAUGGGAGUCAUAGUUGGAGCGGGUUGUGCUUAUACUAAAGAGAAGGUACUUUUGGAGGCUUGGGGUCUGACUGUUGUGAUCUUCGUCACCUUCACACUGUAUACUUUCUGGGCUGCAAGGAGAGGCUAUGAUUUCAGCUUCCUUGGUCCCUUUCUGUUUGCAGCUUUGAUUGUUCUUCUUGGGUUUAGUUUGAUUCAGAUUUUCCACCCCCUGGGGAAAACCAGUCAUAUGAUAUUCGGCAUUGUGGGAUGUAUCAUCUUCUGUGGCUACGUUGUCUACGACACGGAUGAGCUGAUCAAGCGCCACCAGUAUGAUGAGUAUGUAAUCGCUGCAAUUGGGCUGUACUUGGAUGCGAUCAACCUCUUCCUGAGUUUGAUCACAGCUAUUGAUAGCUGA